GGGAGAGGCGGAUCGGGCGGGCAGGGGGCGAGCUCGGGGUUUGGGGUGCGCGCUGCCUCUCUCAGGAGGAGACGUGCGCCGGAGCAGCUCCCCUCGCUCCGCUGCCAAGCGAGGCUUCCGGUCAGCCGAGGGCUCUCUGCGUCUCUGUGAACUUGAACGGAGGCAGAGGCGAAGGCGAAACAUUCUCCGGCCGGGCGUGCCCAUUGGUGGAGCUCAGCGACGGCGGAGCUGGUGACGCUGAGGCAGGACCCACAGCCGCGGGGCCCCGUGGCCGGGGCCAUGUGAUGCUGCCCCCCGAGCACCUGCCGGGAUCAGGGCGGGAGGACCGGGGAGCCUGGAGGCGCGCAGGCUGGUGCCGGGUGCCAGGAUGAGGCUGCUGGGGGCCCCGGCCUCCCCCGCCGUCGGGUGCUAGGAGCCGUGCCCAGGCUGCAGCUGGGAGCCGCCGCCCGGGGGCAUGGCCAAACCCCUCUGCCGCCUGCAGAAGCUUCUCCUCCGAACGCAGUUCCUGCUCUUCUUCCUCACGGCCGCCUACCUGAUGACGGGCAGCCUGCUGCUGCAGCGGGCCCGCGUGGCCCUCCCACCGGGGCCCCGAGCGCCCGGCCCCCUGCAGGCCCUGCCCGUGGCCGCCGUGGCGCUGGGCGUGGGCCUGCUGGACAGUGGGGCGCUGCAGGCCCCCCGCGUCAGCCCGGAGCUGCUGCUCGGCGUGGACGUGCUGCGGAGGCCCCCAGCCCGGCCCCGGCCCGGCCCCCGCGGGCUCCGGAGCCGGAACUCAGAGCUGCCCCCGCUGAGGCGUCGCCGCUGGUUCCACCACCUCGCGGGAGACGCCCGGGGGCCGCCCGCCCCGGGCCCCGAGGCCCCCAGGCCCGUGGCCAGCAGCCGAGGUGCCUACGUCGGCUGCUUCAGCGACAGUGGCCGCGACAGAACGCUGAGGGGCGCCGUGUUCUUCGACUUGAGAAAGAUGACGGUGUCCCACUGCCAGGACGCGUGCGCUGAGCGGUCCUACGUGUACGCGGGCUUGGAGGCCGGGGCCGAGUGCUACUGCGGGAACCGGCUGCCGGUGAGAAGCGUCCGGCCGGAGGCGUGUAACCACGAGUGCAAAGGGGAGAAGGGCUCCGUGUGCGGGGGCGUCGGCCGGCUGUCUGUCUACCGUGUGGAGGACCUGCAGCUCGGCUCCAGGAAGCGGAGAACCGUCACAUACCGCGGAUGCUUCCGGCUGCCAGAGAAUGGCACACACACCUUCCCUGAGUCCCUGACACAGGCCAACGUGACGGUGGACGCCUGCUCGGGAUUUUGUUCCCAGAAGGAGUUCCCACUGGCCAUCCUGCGGGGCUGGGAGUGCUACUGCGCUUACCCCACGCCUCAGUUCAGCCUUCGGGACGCCGUGGACAGCUCGCUGUGUGGCCAGGAGCCUGAGGCGCAGAGGCUGGCCCCGUACUGCGAGGUCUACCAGACACCCAUGCAGGACACUCGCUGCACGGACAGGCGGUUCCUGCCCACCAAGUCCAAGGUGUUUGUGGCUCUGUCGAGCUUCCCGGGAGCCGGGAACACGUGGGCGCGGCACCUCAUCGAGCACGCCACCGGCUUCUACACGGGGAGCUACUACUUUGAUGGGACCCUGUACAACAAGGGGUUCAAGGGCGAGAAGGAUCACUGGUGCAGCCGGCGCACCAUCUGCGUGAAGACCCAUGAGAGCGGCCGGAGGGAAAUCGAGAUGUUCGACUCGGCCAUCCUGCUGAUCCGGAAUCCGUACAGGUCCCUGGUGGCCGAGUUCAACCGCAAGUGUGCCGGGCACCUGGGCUACGCGGCCGACCGCAACUGGAAGAGCAAAGAGUGGCCGGACUUCGUGCGAAGCUACGCGGCGUGGUGGUCCUCGCACGUGCUGGACUGGCUGCGGUACGGCAAGCGGCUGCUGGUGGUGCAUUACGAGGAGCUGCGGCACAGCCUGCUGCCCACGCUGCGGGAGAUGGUGGCCUUCCUCAACGUGUCCGUGAGCGAGGAGCGGCUGCUGUGCGUGGAGAACAACAAGGAGGGCAGCUUCCGGCGGCGCGGCCGGCGCCCCCAGGACCCCGAGCCCUUCACGCCCGAGAUGAGGGCGCUGAUCGACGGCUACAUCCGGACGGUGGACAAGGCGCUGCGCGACCACGGCGGGGCCGGGCUGCCGGGCGAGUACGUGCCCAGAUGACGGCCCGGACGCUGCCCCGCGGCCUCGCUGGGGCCCGGCUGCCGGAGCCGCCGCAGGCCCCCCUGCGCUCACAGACCCGUCUCGCGGGGCCACGCGCGCUGGGCCGGGCCCUCUCGGACCCGCAGACGCCGGCCCGCCCGCGCGCGCUGGGCUCCCAGUCCGGCUUCCUGUUUCGCGCUGCAGACUCGCCGGCCAGGGUCCUCGCCCCCGGACGCGGGGCUGGGCGGGCGUCGGCGCCGUGGGCAGCGAGCACCCCGGCGUGGGCAUGAGCUCACGGAUGCUGCUGGACCCCGCGAUCCUGACGGCGCAUCAGACGCCCCAUGAACACGUGUAGCGUGGCCAUCAGGCACCCCGGUGCACAGCCCUACAUCUCCCUUCUCUGUAGGCGGGCUGGCAGGACUGGACAGAGUAGACCCCCCCCCCACCGCACACCGACCUCAGGACCUGCCACAGCUCUGUGCACCCCACAACCCCGUCCAACGUCAGCACUCCUUGGAGGGGCCCCCUUGCCCCGCUUUUCCCUCCCGUGUCCCAGAGGCGGGUGUGAGGGCGAGGGGGCAUGGGGCAAGAGGGGCUGGCCUCCAGGGGAGCCCCAGACCCGAGGGGCACACAGGCCUGCAGGGGGGCUUGGGGUGCACAUGGGGAGACCCAGGAGGGACAGGUCUUGGGGAUCACUUGGCCCCACCCAUCUUGGCCAUGUCCCCAUCCACACAACCCUCGAGGGAGGGGCCACGGCCAAACCUUCUGUGUUCACCCCCGCCCGGUCCCUGGGGCUCAUUACCACGCCCUCUGUCUCUGCGUGAGGUUGCCAUCUCUCUCAGUCACUCACCCCGGAGGAAGGGUGCUCACGGACGCCGUGGCCUGUUGUGUGCUAGCCCGGCAGUGUGUGUGGGGGGAGGGUAGGAAAGCCCCCUACCCCAGCUCACAGCCUCGGGGGGCAGGGGAGGCUGGUCCCAAACAGGAGUUAACCCAGUAGCAGAGGAGCGUGCGUGCGCUCAGGGUCUCCACGCUGCUGGUCCGGAGGAAUCUGUAGGGAUUUCCCCAGCGGAGCAGAGGGAAGGGCGUUGAGGCAGAGAGAACAGCGUAUGCAAAGGUUCAGAGGCUUGGAGAACGGGUGUGGGGCGUGUGUGUCUGAGUGCGCAGCUGGGGACGGAGUGGUGGGUGAGGACAGAGGUGGGGACACAGAGGGACUGUCCUCACAGCGGCCUGGUGCUCAGCCUGAAGGAACAGAGCGCCCUUCAGAGACCGACUCUCAGGUUCAGAAUGAGGCUGUGCAGACCAGGGCUCUGGUCUGGGGGUGGGGCUGGACCCUUGCGAGGUGGGUGGUGGUGGGCGGGCCCCUCAGCAGCUUCUCCAGGCUUGGGGUGACCGCAGCUGGGCCCCUUGGUCUGUCCUCCUACGGCCUGAGCCAAGCUGCACCAGGGGAAGAAAAUGGGGAGAGGCUUGGGGAAACCGGCAUUGGAACGUCCUGAGCCUGCACUCCCCGCCGGCUGCAGGAAGCCGAGAGCCACCACAGGUGGGCAGGUGGGUGGGGGGCCCGGCGGGCUGCCCCUCUUCAGAGGGAGGCCUCCACGGCCGUCCCCGGCUCCGCCAAACCCACACUGGUGCCGAGCCUGUCCCGGCCCUCCCACAGCUGCGCUCGGCAUGACGCUGGAAGCACCAGGUCUUGCUAAGCGUUUAUUGGCACGGCUCUGGUUCCACCAUCCAGUCUGGGUCGGCCCGAUAGAGCGGUGUCUCCAGCGUCGCAGGAAGAGGGGAGACCUGCCGCGAGGCCCCACCUGCUGUGGAAGGCGUCCCAAGGGACAGCUGCGCCCCCCAAGCAACCCUAGAGUCUCGAGGGGAUGGAGGGCCGGAUGCUGGCUGCCUCCUGAGAUUGGCUCCCAGAUCUGGCCCUCACUCUUCCGGCCGCCGGGGAGACUUCAGGGACAAGACCCGGACGCCGGGGAGGCUGGGAAGGGCAGAGGUGUGGCUGGAGGGCCGACCCACGCUGGCCCUCGGGCCUCCCACCCUCCUGCCCACCCUGGAGUCAGGACAGCAACAGCCAGCCCCUCACCCCAGUAGAUGGUUCAUUUCCUGCUGCCAGGUGCCCAGAGACCUCCCUUCCUUCCCGGGGGAGAGCUAGCUGCUCAGACGGCCUUGCAACUUUCAGGGCACCUCAGCCAGACCUGCAGAAGAGUGGAAUGACGGGGUCACCUGCAUUGACUCACACUGAGUCGGUACACAGUCGGGUGCCCGACACGGGGGUGGUGCUCCUGGGUGUCCGAUGAGCAAGGACGUGCAAAGGCCCUGCUGCUGAUUCUCCGUGGCUGUCACCACAGCCUGUCCUGGGGGAGAGCCCGGAGGCACGGGAAGGGGCUCGGGGUGUCCGUUUGUCUCUGCAAGUGAGGCGUCCUCAAGCUCUCAGCUUCUCCCAUCAAGCCUCUGCUGCCCUAAGCAGCCAGGGAGCAAAAGCCAGUGUGAAUUUGGUGGAGGAUUGUGGUAAAACCCACUUCCUGCAGAUUCCACCUGUGAAAUCACGUAAACCUGUGUUAAGACAUGUAAUCUCCAUGGUUUUCAUCUCCCGUUGUCGAUCAAUUUGGAAACACCAAAAUACAUAAUUUAAAAAAACUAAAACACAUUUCUGAUAAUCCCAGCGAUGUGUAAAUGAGACAGAAGAAUAGACAGGCUUCCAGACCCUGGGAAGAAAGCUGCUUAAUUAUGUGAGCAUCUUGUAAUGAAGCCUCUUGCAGCUAAAAUUAGAUCCUGAGUGCAUGAAUAUGUGAUAAUGUUUGCACACCCGAAUGCAUUUUCCCCUUAAAACGUGGCAGGAGCUCCUUGGUUCUUGGGGGGGCCCUUAGGGGUGGGGAGAUGGGAGUGCUUGGGGGGUCCUCGCAGCUGCAGGGAUGCUUGGGGCAGAGGUGUGUUUUUCUGCGGCUGGAAAAUCCCCGGGGGUCUAGCAGGAAACUGAUGGGUCUGGGGGCCACACUGCUCACCGCUCCCAACAGGACCAGUUGGCCUAGACGAGGUGGAAAUGGAAUGGAAGGCAGACUGCGAGCCGGGCAGGGCCAUGCCCCCCUGUUCCCGCCCCCGUUUCCUUCCCCAGCAGCCCUGGUCUCUGGGGGACGGGGGGAUUCGUGUUCAUCACCAUCUCUGGGGUCGGGCCCCCGGCUGGACAAAGCCAACGGCUCCUUCCGUCUCUCUGGCGAUGGGUGGGUUCAGGGAUGGUCCUGUGAGCUACAGGGGUGCGGCCGGAGGGCAUCUCAGGACGCACGGAGCGUGCACUGCUGGUGGGAGGGGAGGUCGGCGGCCCUGGGUCUGCAGAGGGGCCCACCCUCCAAUGAUGCUGGUUCUGCCGCGGGGGUGGUCGGGGGCACAACCAGCCAGGAACUUGGUGGCAUCGUUAAGAACGCUCAUGCUUUGCCUGUGACCAGCCCUCCCUCUGGAUGGUUUUGUCACAUGAGCCAAUAAAUCCCCUUUCUUGUUCA